UAAUCAUUGACUCACUAGAUUCCUUCAAAAAUGCAGAUCAUUGAAUCAGCAUCAGCAGAGGAAAUAGUCAGGCUGUCAGGUUAUGCAACAGACAGCCAACUCAUUUCAGUUCUUUAAAAAGCAGCAUCGAGAACAGCAGUGCUGACAGACUCACAGGCUUUUUUGAGAGAGGAACAAGCUAUAAAUCAUGGUUGACUAUAACUGCAGUGUGGUGUUGAACCACACAGACGCAGCGUUCAGACUGUUUGAACGUGCGGCCUACAUACCUGUCUUCAUAGUGGGCCUUUCCUUCAACAUCACGGCUCUGUGUAUCUUCUGUCGCCUCAAGCGCUGGACAGACAUGCAUAUCUAUAUGUUCAACCUACUGGCUGCCGAUUUCCUGGCCAUUAUUUUCCUACCUUUCAGAAUAUUAGAAGCCUUCUGCCCAAUAAAACCGAGUGAAUUGUGUACAUUCCUGCUGUGCACCCAAUACUCCAACAUGUACAGCAGCAUCUUCACCAUUACAGCCAUCAGCAUUCACCGAUUUAUAGCCGUCAGGUUUCCGUUUCUGACCAAAGCACUGGCCUCCAAAAGUAAGACGAUUGCCAUUUCAAAGUGCAUCUUCAUCUGGGUGAUCGUAGCGGUGAUCUGUGUUAUUAACCAGAAAGACCUCGUCAAAGAAAAAUUAGAGACCUGCUAUGACCGAAUACUGGCAAAAAAGCUCCAAAACCACUUUAUCUUGCUUUUAGAGAUUUUAGGGUAUCUUAUUCCAGUGCUCGUCGUCAUAUUUUGCUCCACACAAACCAUCUACAUCCUGGUCAGAUCCCUUCGGAAUGUCCAAGGCAGGGAUAGAGCGGAAAGGAAAAAAAUUGCUGCUGUUAUCACCGCGAACAUGUUCACAUUCAUAGUUUGCUUCACACCUGUUCAUAUUGGUCUUUUGUUGCAGUUUUUAUCAGAUGAUUCAGGCAAAGACUUUGUGCACGUGUUUCUGGAUGUUGCCGAGUGGAUCGCUAUUACAAACUGCUGUCUGGAUUCUAUUGGCUAUUACUUUCUGCUGAAAAGAGUUAAUAAAAUAAACAAGAGAUCACAUUGA